AUGUUGUACUACAUUUUGAUAUGUUUAUUUGCGUGUUUCCAGAAUGUUGUUUGCCAGUGUAAAAAUGGUUGGAUUCAUCAUAGUACAUCAUGUUAUUACUUCAGUGAUAAUUCGAAGAACUGGGAUACUGCUUCUGCUUCAUGUCAGGCACAUCAUGCAGAACUUGCUAUCAUAGAAACGAUGGACGAGAAUACGUUCAUAUAUUCUAUAAUGACUAAACUUGGAGGAUAUUUUUGGUUGGAUGGAACAGAUGAAUUUUCUGAAGGACAAUGGGAAUGGGCUUCAACUGGUGAUGCUUUAGAUUAUUCAAACUGGUAUCCAGGAGAACCUAAUAAUGAUGGAGGAGAAGACUGUCUGAUGACGGGCGGAGACUACAGAACAUUAUGGAAUGAUGGCAAAUGCGGGAGUCAUCAAAAAUAUAUUUGUGAGAAA